AUGUCGUUCUGUUGGAACGACGACGAUUGGAUUCAAAACAUAAGAAUUUCAAAAGCAGGCUUUAACUAUCUAUGCAAGGAAGUUUCAAUUUUUAUGCCUAUGCAAAAAACUAAUUUUCGGAAAUCUUUGCCUAUAGAAAUAAAGUUAGCUGUCACACUUUACUUUUUAAGUGGAUCUGCAGAUUACCGGACAAUAGGCAACCUGUUUGGCUUAGGAAAAUCUACUGUUUGUACAAUAGUUCAUAAAGUUUGUAAACUUUUUGUUGAUAAUUUACUGAAAAAAUACAUUUUCUUACCCUCAAGGAAAGAGACAAUAGAGAUAAUGGCAAGUUUUGAAAAACUAUAUGGUUUUCCACAAGUAGUUGGAGCAGUUGAUGGGUGUCACAUUAGAAUAAAGGCUCCUUAUAAAAAUUCAGAGGAUUAUAUAAACAGAAAAGAUUAUCACUCCAUUAUAUUACAGGGGUUGGCAGAUAGCAAGUACUUAUUCAGAGAUAUUUUUGUUGGGUGGACUGGCAAGUCUCACGAUUCAAGAGUUUUUAAAAAUUCUCCUUUAUAUAAAGAGUGUCUAGCCAGAACCUUUUUACCAAAUAACUUAAACAAAAUAAUUGAUAAUAUAGAAAUUGGUCCUCUUAUUCUCGGUGAUUCAGCUUAUUCCCUUGAAAAUUGGCUUAUGAAACCCUACUCAGAUCGUGGAAAUUUAAGUAUAGAAGAAGCCAAGUUUAACGCUUCACUAAGUAAGUGUAGAGUUGUAAUAGAGAAUGCAUUUGGAAGAUUGAAAGGUCGAUUUCAAUGUCUUUUAAAAAGAUUAGAUACAACAGUUGAACACACAGUCAAUAUCGUUACAACAUGUUGUAUUCUACAUAAUUUCUGUACUUUGACAAAACAAAUUUUUUUAAAUGAAUGGAUUAAACAAACAGAAAUUGACUUAGUAAACCCUCUAUUAAACCACAGUUGCAUUGAAAUUGACAAUAAAGCAGAGUUUAUAAGGAGUGCUAUAAAAAAACAUUACUUUACAAGUAAUUAG